CAGUCCACGUAUUGUUUAAACUCAUCAUCGUCACUCCACGUCUCUCUCGCACAUCGAAUCACAAAACAAGCAAACGACUGCCAUCAACGCUACCACCGGAAAUCUCCAAUCACAACCGUUCUCCGCUAGCAACUUCCAGAUUUCAGCAUCUGAUGCUAGUUUAUUCCGUAUGUUUUGCUCUCCUUCGCUGUAUACCUGUCUAUUUCAGGGUAUUUCCGUCAUCCAAGCAUGUUUUUGGUCGGAAUUGGUGGAAUGAAACCUGGUCUUUAAAGUAGUUUCAUUGUAUGGUCGUCCUUAAAUCCUUAAUGAAAUAAGGGGCUAAAAAAGGCAAAAUGGAUGUCGAAUCUGCGAAGCCAGAAGUGGAUCUAGAAGCUUCUGUUGCUGUAGAUAGCGGACAUGAUAAUGUUGGACAAAAUGCAUCAUCAAAGUUCUCUGCUUCUAGCCUAAGCACAUGGGCCAAAAGUUUUAAACUUCCUCAAUCUUUGAGCGGCACACAAGCUGAGUCGUCAUCUGAAACUACUGGAAAAUCAUCUUUUGCGCGCUUGACUGGUGGGUUUGGGUUGCGGUUAUCUCCAAAGGCUUCCCAACAAACUGAUGAUCCUGUUGAAGCUCCAAAAUCACCACAAGCUGGCUUCAUUGGGACCCUCACUAAAGGUUUUGUUGACACAUCUAAAAGUGCAGCGAAGGCUGUGCAAGUAAAGGCUCGUCAUGUUGUAUCACAAAACAAGCGAAGAUAUCAGGAAGGAGGAUUUGAUCUGGAUAUGACAUACAUCACUGAGAAUAUAAUUGCAAUGGGAUUCCCUGCAGGCGACAUGAGUUCAGGUUUCUUUGGAUACGUUGAGGGAUUUUACCGUAAUCACAUGGAGGAAGUAAUCAAGUUCUUUGAAACUAAGCACAAGGACAAGUACAAGGUGUACAAUCUAUGCUCUGAAAGGUUAUAUGAUGCAUCACUGUUUGAAGGAAAGCUUGCUAGCUUCCCGUUUGAUGACCAUAAUUGCCCUCCGAUACAACUCAUAAUAUCAUUUUGCCAUAGUGCCUACUCAUGGUUAAAAGAGGACAUAGAUAACGUUGUGGUUGUUCAUUGUAAGGCUGGAAUGGCUAGAACAGGCUUAAUGAUCACAAGUCUGCUUCUAUAUCUGAAGUUUUUCCCCACAGCUGAGGAAUCUAUAGAUUAUUACAAUCAAAAAAGAUGUAUUGAUGGGAAGGGACUUGUUCUUCCAAGUCAAAUCAGGUAUGUCAAAUACUUUGAACGCGUUUUAACUCACUUCAAUGGAGAAGAUCAGCCUGGGCGCAGGUGUAUGCUCAGAGGAAUCCGUCUUCAUAGGUGCCCUUAUUGGAUUAGACCGGCAAUUACCGUCUCAGAUCAUAAUGGUGUUCUUUUUUCUACCAAGAAGCAUUCUAGAACCAAGGAUUUAUCACCAGAAGAUUAUUGGUUUGCUGCACCUAGAAAGGGUAUAAUGGUCUUUGCGCUACCUGGGGAGCCGGGCUUGACCGAAUUAUCUGGUGAUUUUAAGAUUCAUUUUCAUGACCGUCAAGGAGAUUUCUACUGCUGGCUAAACACAACAAUGAUUGAGAACAGGACGAUCCUAACCACCAAUGAUCUUGACGGAUUUGAUAAGAGGAAACUACCAUCUCCAGGAUUUCAAGUGGAGGUUGUGGUAGUCGACUACAACCCCGACGUUCAAGCAAAACCCCAAACUGAAAGUACAACUAAACCAGCUGAGGGUACAACACCAAAUCCUCCCUCCGAAACCUCCUCAAGUAUUCCUAAAGAUGCUGGCAAAAUUGAAAAUUUGUCAAAUGAGACCCAAAAUCUCUCUCUAGAUAAUUCAGGGCCCAAACAGACUGAUACCAAAACCAGUGAGCCCAAAGUGGGUAGUAAAACCGGUGGUGUAACAUCGGGCUCGGGACUUGGUGGCCCAAGCCCAAUUGGGGAGGUAAGUGAUUUCAAGGCAAUGGCUGCUGAUGCAUCUGUGUUCACUUUUGGAGAUGAUGAAGACUUCGAAAGUGAUGGGGAGUAAGCGACUCCAAGAUGUUGUACUUGUGGCUUUGAUACUUGUACAUAAGAUGGACUUUAAAGAACUAAAUUUGAUGGUUUAUUUGGUUCAUUUAGAAACAUCUAGCUCAUCUACGGAUUAGAAGUUAUGCUAAGCAAAUGCCACACAAAUGUCCUGCGUGAGGCGGGGUUGUAUGUGAAGAACAUAUACCAAACUGGACUCUUUGAUAUGUUUGUUCGUUUGAUUUCACAGUUGAAUAACAUUGGAAGUGUUAUGUUGCGAAUGAACGUUUGUGUGUACUUUCGUUUUGUCAUUUGAUCUUUGAUAUGAAUAAUUCUGAAAAACUGGUUUCACAA